UAAAUCAUAAGUGUUAUGUAAGGAAACGACAAGAUGCAACAUUAACACUUAAAAAACUUCUACUUCAUUCUACAUUUGUAUCAAACAUGAAAUUAUAUUUACAACGUACACCCUCAUCAUAGACUGAACUCACUUACCUAUGUAUAGAAUAAUUUCACAAGAGAACAAUUAAAACUAAUCAGAGUUUGUGUGUAUGGGGUUACAAUCACGAAGGGAUCGACGAUUGCGACGACAAGCGUGACAUCGACGUCAAAUAUCGUCACUUCCGCUUCAGAGUACACGACAAUUACCGUAACCUCCACAACAAACAACCAAACUCUAACAUCUAUGAAUCCUACAGCAAAUUAUACAACAAACGAUACUACCACCGUUUUAAAUCAAAGCGUAACAAACUCUACAAUCACAACUUCUGAUACAGAUACAGUUACCAUGGAUACGACAGCUUCAACGAUGCCCUAUAACACAACACCAGAGACAACGAUAGAAGUAACCACGCCGGUUAACUCAACCAUAAAUACAAAUGACAAUAUGACAGCCGUCAUUAAUGCCACAACUACUUAUAUGCACGAUAAUGUGACUACCUUCAUUAAUGCCACAACUACUCAAAUCAUAACCAGUUCUUCAAAUGACACAUCAAUUGAUAAAGUGUUCGAACAGAAAGUGUUUUCAUCAGAAAUGGUAGCAAUCAUAGCCGGUGCUGCAAGUGGUGUAUCAUUGGUUAUUUUUGUGGUUAUUAUAGCCAUCAUUAAGUUCAAGAAUAGGUCAAACAGAACAUUAGGCAAACGUUACGAGGUGAAAAGUAGAGCAUUUACAGAAAGUAUGGCUUUUUCCGACAAUCGAGAAUCCAAGAUGGCCAGCAACGAUCUUCAAAGAAUAUCAGAUGGUAAUCAAAAUUACCAUAUGAUUGAUGAGGAGACUUUUCUGUCCAACAGAAAAGACAAUGAUAGUAGUAAAGACUUAACUGGUAGGGAGCAGAAGUGUGAUGCCGAAAAAGACGAAAAUGGCAGUAGAAACAGCGACUCUGGAAUUGAUGUUAACCUAGACGAAAAACAUUCUAAGCCGAAAACCUCAGCGAAAAUUGAGGGCGUUGAUAAACCAUAUAUAAAACCUGACGGAGAUGUGGAGCACGUAUAUACAAAGUCUGUAAAACGUGCUGAAAUAACUGAAAAUGACAAUUCUUACACCGUUAACACUGAAAGCAAAGACAAAUCAAAACUGAACUCUGAAAAUCUGGAGCUUAACAAAACAAAUGAAAGAGAUAAGACGAAUGGCGGUGAGAUAAUAGAAGACGACGAAGAAGUCUAUAUUAACGCUUAUUCUGCCUCUUCGUCAGAUUCAACAAAAGCAGUAAACAAUGUUGAUAUUGAAAACAAACACAAAUUAGAACAGAACUCUGGAAAUCUGGAGAUUAAGGAAUCAAAUGAAAUUGAAAAGACAAAUGGCGAAGAAUAUCUAGAAGACGAUGAUGAAGUCUAUGUUAAUGCUUUUUCUGCAUCUUCAUCAGAUUCCAUAAAAGCAGUAAACAGUGAAACAUGUACUGAAUCACUUCGUUCUGCAGUUGCAAAAACGGACAAUGAUGACGUAUACGAUUUUGCCGUACCCGUUGACAACGACGAAAAGGUCGAGGAAAAGACGAAAAAUGAAAAAUCCGAUAUUUCACAUGUAAACAACAUAAAUAUAGAAGCAGACGAUCACUAUGAGGUUUCUAAGGAAACUCCAAACAAAUUAGAAACAGUUUCUGAAGAUGCCAUUUAUUACAACGAGCAAGAAGAUGAUGAUGAUGUUAUAUAUCAUAAUGAUGAAAUGGAUAACAAUAAAACGUCUCAAGAAAACGCGGAAGAUGAUACUUACGACUGUGCAAUGAGUACAAUCCCACAUGAGAAAACUUCUGAUGAUAUAUAUGAUUCAACAAAAGAAAGCGAUUACGAUGUGACUCAACAUGCAAGUGAAAAGAAGAGGUUUUUUAUCCGACCGUCUACCGAUGACAAUUAUGACCACUGUGAACUACCUACUGAAAGGGAGGAUUAUGAUUUAGUGGAACUACCGGAAAAUUGUUAAUGUUUUAUUGCAUUGCCUUUAAGAAGAAAUCUUCUUCGUUCUCUUCUUUUUCUUCUUCUCUCUUUUUCCUUUUUCUUCUACUUCCAUAUUUUGUUCUUCUCACAGGAUUUCUCAUGGAUUUUGGUAUGCAGACGUAUUAUACAACAACGAUGUGUCACACGGCGUGUGGCCAUGACUUUUGACUUCAAAGUCAAAAUAAUUGAUUAUUUAGGGCAUUUCUUGUCCGUUCAUAACCUUUUUCAUCCUUUUGACAUAGGGUUUAUUCCGUAUUUUGGACGAUUUGUUGUGAAUCAUUAAAGGUGACCUUCAACUUUGACUGAUGACCUCAAGGUCAAAUAAUUGCAUUUAGGGAACAUUUUCAUGUCCACUCAAAAUCAAAUUUAUUGCUCAUAAUGUCAAGACAUUUCAAGUGCGCCUUCAAAUGUAUAGAAUUUGCCCCGGGGAUCAUUUAACACCACCAUAUAAAAUGAUUUGCUAAAUAUCUCAAAAAUAGUUCAGUUCCCCACUCUUAAAUCAUGUAUAUUCUUAAAUGCGCCCUUUUUUAUUAGUUCAGCAAUCGGGGUCGUACCCUCUUCCCCCUUUCCUCUUAAUAUUAUGAAUAAUCAAAUAUGUCAAAACUUGUCCAUAUUCACAUCCGGAUCCCUUACACAGCCAUAUGCAUGGUCAAAACUGGUCCAUAUUCACACCCCUUACACAGCCAUGGUAUAUGUUCUGAACAGCCAUGACAUGAACUUGUCAGUGUACCACAUGUUUUGUUCCUGUAAUAUCGUAAAGUGCUUAAAAAGUAGAAUAACAAAAAUAUCGAACCCCAAGGAAAAUUAAUCAAAACGUGAAGUCCCUUAUCAAAUGGCAAAAUCAAAAGCUCAAACACAUCAAACGAAUGGAAAACAACUGUCAUACUCCUGACUUGGUACAGGCAUUUCCUUAUGUAGAAAAUGGUGGACUCAUAUGGGUCUUAUAGCUAGCUAAACCUCUCACUUGUAUGACAGUCGCAUAAAAUUCCAUUAUAUUGACAACAAUGUGUGAAAUGUCUCCACACAACUGAUCAAAGUUCUAUCCGUAAACAAUAUAUAAUCGAAAUUGUCAUUACAAAACUUUUCUAAUGCAUCACUGACUUGGUCAUUGGGGUCAUUUUAUUAAAAUUUAAAAAUACCGAGAAUAAUAAAGAUCCCCAGGGGUAUUAUCCAAACAAAUUCUUAUUUGCCAUGACAGUAUUUUUCCUAGAUAUGAAUGUCUUUUUGUGCGUUGCAUUAACAGCAUAGACAUCUUUUGACAAGGGGAGAAUUAUAAUUGUUUUAAUUGAUUAACAUAGUUCAAUCUAAUUUUAAAUCAAAUUUCUUUAAAUAAUCAUUUAACAACUUUCUUUCAGCAAUAUAUGCAUGUAUAUAUAUAUUUUUUUAUUUAUUUUAUUAGUAUAUGAUAUUAUAUAACAGAUCAAAAAGGUGUAAAUAUGUUGAAAGUGAUAAAUAGGAAUGUUAACCAAAUUGAAUGUUUUAUCAAAAAUAUAUAUUGACAUUUAUUGUUUUUAGCUUUACAUUCGAUUGAAUGUAAUUAAAAGAUUUGAAAAAUUACGUACAGACAAAUUUUCUCUUUCCGCUAUCUCUUCAUUGUCAAUCAAAAUGUAUAACCCUCUAAUUCAAUAAUUGCAAUACCAAAUACUAAAUUAAUGGCUGAAAGUCAUGUUAUAGAGUAUUGCCUAUACGAGAACAUUAUUUUUCAUAUAAAAAAUGAUUCACGUAUGCGGAAAAGUUUAUCAAUAUUUCUGUUGGUAAAAAUAUACACAUUAAAAAAAUCAUUUAUGUAACUUUACAGAAACAGUGUAUAAAGAUUGUAAUUAUUCAUUUACGAAACGAAAAAAAUUUCGUCAAGACAAAAAAAAAUGCACUUAAGCGAAGUGCACGAAAUAUACAGAAACGUAUAUAAGAUAAGAUAAGAUAAGAUAAGACAAGAUAUUUUAUUAGUAUAAAAUCCAAACAGACCGGGAACCACAAUUACAAAAUUCAUAUAGUUCCCUUUAAUUAAAGUGUAUUUUUUCUAUAUUUUUGUCUUUCCCUUUCUAAUUCAUUUCUUAGUUUUUAAUGGGGUGGAAAUGAAAGAAGAGAGCUGAAAUAAAUUUUUGGAUCUUGUAUUUUAACUGAUUCUGAUAUGGAAAGAGUGAUUAACCCAGGUGCAAAAAAGUUAUAUUUAUAGUUUUCGGAACAUCUCUUGACUUGUCCGUGGCCUGGGGUAUGCAUGUGUAUUGGCUAUAUUUAUAAGAUGUUAAAGUGCAAUCUUUGUGAAUGUUGGAUAUAUUUUUGGACUAGUACUGUACAUUACACACACAAAAGAUUUGACAAAAAGACUAGGUGCAUAUUUUUUUAAUGAGACAAAACGUUAUUAAGAACUAAUAGAGGAAUUUAAUUUUGAUCUGUGGCCAACAAUCGGAUUGCUACUAAAUACAAACACAAGUAAACAAUAAACAAUGUAUUGAAUAUAUAUAUUGCAUGGCAAAAUGUGCUGGAAAAUACGAAAAUAGAUACAGGCAGGAGUAAGCCAUAAUAUGAUUAUAUAUAAGUGUAAUUUAGGUUUAAUAUACGAUGUCGUGGCUUAGAAAUACUAAGCUGCAAAUACACUGUCGGAGACUUGAAUAACAUACAGUAUUCUUAAACUCUGCAGAUGAACAUUAAAGUAUUAUUUUAUAUACGUUGUAACAUAAAUUUUGAUUAAAUUUGUUUAAUUGUAAA